AUGAACGAGGAAAUCAAUCAACUAGAGCAAUACAUAUUUGCUAAAAACAGAAAGCUAUUCUUAGAUAAUCUCAUCAAAGAUACAGAAUCUUACUACUACUUCUCUUUGCUAGAAGCUAUUGACAAUUAAGGAAAUGCACUUACUAGUGAAUAGGAAGAAGAUUUAAAACGUUAUAGAAAGUUUCGUACUGCAAGUAGCAAAGGUAUUCGUGUUAGGUAUCUUUUUAGACAGUAUGACAAAGCCGAGUCUGACGAGGCAAAAAAGAAAGUAAUUUAAGAGCUAAACAGUAAGCUCUUCAAGGUAACUGGCGUUUUACCUAACACUUUAUCUUAAAAAGAAAAUGGAUUAGUAGGUUAGUAGUAAUAAGCAUUUAUUAAUAGAAGAAUAAGCAGAAGUAGAUCUUAAUCUAGUAUAAAUAGCUCAUAGUGUGAGGAAGAAGAAUUUGAUGAAGAUGAGUAAGAAUAAGAAAUAGCAUUUGAUGAAUAAGAUGACGGAGAUAAUUCUUAAGAUGAGGAGCGACUAAUUUAAAUUGAAGAAGGAAGCUCUGUUAUAGAAGAAGUAUAACAAGUGGUUUCUGCUUAGCGUUAAGUACCUUAAGAUAGUGAAUAAUAAAUUAAUGUUGAAGAAGAAGAUGAAGAAGAGGAAGAGCAGGAUUAAAGCAAUAAAAAAGACUACCCUUCAUAAUUUAAUAAUAAAAAGUUAGAAGUGGAUCUCAUCAUAAAAAAAAACUCCUUAGAAAAAUUGUUGGCUAUAUUAAACUUAGAUAGCUUAAUUCGUAUACCUGUUAAAAAAAUAAAAGAGUGCAAAGAAUACUACACAAUCUAAUUGUAUCUUUAGAAAGUUGAUGUUUACGCUCUUUCAUGUGAGGAAUUGAUAGAAAUACUUCUUCAUUACCAAAGUCUUGUCAACAAAAAUAAAAAUUAUGAUUAGGAAAUAGUGUAGAAUUAUGAAAAGUAUACUUUAGAAUAGCUUAUAAGUAUUGGAACUAAUCUACCAGACGUAACAAAAGAUAAAGAAUAUGUUAAAAAUGUGUUCCUCAAAUAGUUUGACCUUUAAAAGAUUAAAACACUAGAAGGAUAAGCUCGUAUUGAUGAACUUUGGAUUAUAUAUGAGUGGUCUAAGGGUUUAAAGCAAAAGUUUUAAUCUCUACAAGAUUAGAUUCUAUUUGAAAUACUAUACUAAGGAAUAUAAUUUGACAUUUAUGAUCAUAAGGUAUUCAUUGAGUACUUAAACAAUCCAAAAGAAUAAAUAAGCGAAUUAAAUGAGUAAAGUUAAAAAAAGUAUAAACUUUUAAAGAAAAGUUAUGAUUCUUUUUGGCACAAUGUCCAUAGCUUUGAAUCAGUCGAAUACUCUCAAGCUAAGUUGAUAAAAAAAUACAUCAAAAAACACCUUAAGAGCAGCAAAACCUAUAGUGUAAGUCCCUAUGACGAGUACUUUUAAACUAACUACUUAUAGAAAAUUCUUAUUCAAGUUAGACUUUAUGAAGGUGAUUAAAAUGUCCCUAAAGUAUCUAAGUAUUUAUCACCUUCAGAGAUCAGUACAAUUUAUUCAACUAAAGAAGUAAAAAUCUUAAAAUCAAAUAAAAAGUCUUUUGUUCAAAAUGAGAAAGUUACUUUAAAUGUUUAGUUAAAAAAUAUUGACAAACUUUAUGUAAAAAUUUUCAACUUUGUACCUGAGAAUUAUUACCUAAAGAACUUGGCUGACUUUAAUGAGCAUGUUGACUUAGAUGGAUUAAGUCCAAACGAAGAAGUAUUCUUUGAUUUUAAACCUGAAAAUAUACAUCCAUGCACAAGAUUUGUUAAAGCUUUCGAUUUCGAGUCAAUUUAAAAAACCAGUAAAGGAAUUUUUAUAAUAGAGUUCUUUUCUUCUGGAAUUGCAUCACGCGCUAUCAUUUAUAAAGGUUCUCUAACUUUCUUUUCAAGAAAUACAAUUGCUGGCUAAGAAAUAGUCAUCCUUGACGAAGAAGGUAACAUUUAAUCCGAAGGUAGAGUAGGUUUAUGGAUAGAUAAAGAAUUUUACCAAGCAAAAAAAGAUGGUAGAAUCUUGGUUCCCUAUAGAAAAGAUAGCUAAAAAUAAAUCUAAUGCAUUUUAGUUAGCGAUAAAUUUGCUUAGUUAACUAGCCUUACGCAUUUAAAUGAAAAUUAUAAAUUUUCUUGUAAUUACAUUUACAAUUAAGAGUCAUUUAUCUUUGGUAACAAAGUCUAACUUAUUUUAUAGCCAAGCUUAACUAUAAACCAAGAAAUAGCUGAUGUAAGUAUAUUGAAGGGCACAGAGAUUUCUAUUGUAACUAUCACAACUGAUGAUGUUCCAUAAACUACUCGCAUUAGUAAGAAAACUUUGUAAAAUGACUAAGAUAUAGUAAUAGAAUUUAUAUUACCUGCUAAAACUAAGCAAGUCAAUAUAGAGUUAAAUACUAAACUAGAUACAAUGAAUGGAACAGAGGAGCUAAAAUUGAAUUCAACAAACACAAUUUAUAUUGAUCAACACACAAACUAAUUGAAUUUUGCCUCUUUCUUCCUUUAAAAUGUAGAUUAAUAUUACAUUCUUGUACUUGGUAAAAAUGGUGAGCCCAUUCCAAAUUUUAAGGUUAGCAUAAACCUAUAGCAUAAAUAUUUUAACACUGAUAACAACAUUAAGUUGUAGACUAACGAAGAAGGAAGAAUAGGUCUAGGCAAACUCAACAACGUUAUUUCACUUUAAGUUGCUUCUGAAUUAACUAAAAACAAUCUAACUAUUUCUAAAAAAUGGAAUUUGGAGAGAAACUAUAUUAGAGGCAUUGAGAGUUUACCUCAUAUUUUCUAAAUAAAAGAAGGUAAUAAUGUAGAGAUACCUUUAUUAUGCGAAUAAAAUACUGUUAUUGAUAGAAAUGAAUUCAUUUUACUAAAAAUUGUUGAUAAAAAUUAAAAUUUAUAACAAUUAAUUGCAAAUUGUCUUUUAAAUUGCAUCUCUAAUGAAACUAAUAAGGUUGAAAAGACUACAAAAAAUACUUUAUUAAUUAAGAACCUUUCAUCUGGCUUGUAUUUCUUAAGAUCUAAACUUAAUACAAAGAACUUCAUUAUUAAAGUACACAAUUGUAAAAUUUGGUAACAUUCAUCUUAAACAGAAUCAGCUACUUCAUCUAUAUUAACCAAAAAUAAAUUGUUGCUUAACCAAUCCUCUGUUCCAGUAGAAGAUUAAAUAAGAGUUGAGAGUUUUAAAAAUGAAUCUGGAAAGAUAUAAAUAUAAUUGAAUCGUUAAAAAAGCUACUAAAACACACGUGUUCAUUUGAUAGCAUUUUAAUACUUCCCUAAUGGACUUUCAAAUCCAUAUAAUAAUUUCUGCACAGGUUACGAUAAUUACAAGAUCUAGGAAGUUAACUUACAGAAUACAAAAAAUAAAUAUAUGUCUAAUCGUUAACUUGGAGAUGAAUUUGCAUAUGUUCUAGAUAGGAAAGUUUAAACUCGUUUUACAGGAAAUUCCUUGGAAAAACCUUCUUUAGCAAUUAAAAGAAAUUUUAUUUAAGAUACAAAUACUGAAACAGAAAAUAUUCAAGCAGAUAAACCACUUGAAAAAGGUUUUAAAAGGAAAUUAUCAGUAUCUGAUAGAGAAGAAAAAGAAUUUUAUGAAAGAGAUGCAAGUUAUUGUAAUUUUGAUGAAGCAGAAGAUGAAGAAUGUUUUGAUGAUGAUGCCAGCUAUUAAGAAUGUAAAAGAGAAGCUCCAAUAAAAUAUAAAAAAAGUAUGGCUAAAAAAGCUAGAGGAAUGGCAUCACCUUCUGAUAGAAUUUAUUUCAACCGCUAUGAUUAUAAUUGCUAAAUUUCUCCAAUAGAUGCUCACUUGAAUUUCUUAAAAAAUACUUGUCUUAUUUAUUCAAACUUAGUACCUAACAAAGAUGGUUUGAUUGAAUUUGAAGAAAAUUUAUCAAAGUACUCAGCUGUUUAAAUUAUUUUGAGAACUCCUACUCACCAUAAUGUUAGUGUAUUUAAUUUAGAGCAUCUUUUAAAUAGAGAAAUAGAGACCCGUGAUUUGAGAUAAAAGACAAAUUUACAAAAAGGAAAGUAUUAUUCAAUCUUCAGGAAUACUGAAACUAUCAUGAAAGGAAAAUAGUGUAUUAUAGAUGAUAUCACUUCAACAGAAUUCUCAAUAAUAGAUAGCUUGAAUAAAGUCUUCGAUUUCUAAAUUGAACUUUCAAGAUUUGCUGGAACUUUUACUGAUAGCACUUCUUCUAAAAGCUUCACUGAAGAAUGGGAGUUCUUAAAGAAAUGGGACUCAUUAUCUACUUCAGAAAAAAAUUAAAAAUAUAAUAAUAACUUGUCUCACGAAUUAAAUUUCUUUUUGUAUUUGAAAGAUAAACCAUACUUCGAUAGUAUUGUAAAAAACCAUCUUUAAAAUAAGAUUGAAUUUACCUUAGUUGAUCUCUUCUUACUAGGAAAAUAUGAAGAUCUCAUUAAUAAAUAUCAUCAUAUUGAAAUCCUUGAUAGAAUAAAUUCUUUUGAAAUCUGUUUAAUGAUUUAUUCAUUAAAGUAAUUAAAUCAGUUAGAGAAGGCAUAAAAGCUAAUUGAAUACCUGUAAGUUUAGUCAAAAUAAAAUGUUAGUGACAAAGAAAUACAAAAAAGAUAUUUUGAGAUCAUUUUAAAUAAGAAAUAAGACCAACAAGCACAAUCUGGUAAAAAAAUGGUGAUACAAUAAGCCGCUUAUAACAUUAGCAAUAUUGGAGGCGGAGGUAGCUAUUAGAACAGGAACAAGAAACUUUUUGGUGACGAAGAUGAUGAUGAUGAUGAUGAUAAUUGUAGCAACAGCUUGGUGAGUGAAGAAAAUGAAUAAUAUUAAUGUGGUGAGGCUGGAAGUGAUGAAGAUUUUGAAUGUUACUAAUAAAAUAAUGAUUGUGAAGAAGAAAUGUUUGAACAACAAAGAUAGUUUAUGCCUAAAAUGGCUUCUAAAGCUAAAUAAAAUUAUAAAUUUAAUCCUAUUACUUCAAGCUAUAAAUAAUAAAGAUAACUAUUUUAAUAGUGUAAUCAAGCAUUAAAGAAGACAGGCUAAUAUUGUGAAAGACAUUAUUUGAAUUAAAAAGAUGAUCACUUUUAUGGUAAGGAAUUAAUGAGUGCAAACAGCUUCUGGCUUGAAUUCGCACAUAAUAUAUUAGAAACAUCAUCAAUAUCUAAUUUCCUUUCUUGCAAGUUCCUUGAAUGUAACAAAAGCCAUACUGAGAUGGUACUUGUUUUAUCGAUUUUGAAUCUUCCAUUCAACUCACCUAAUCAUAACUAAUAUUCAGCUCAAGGAAAAGAUUAAGUUAUUUAAGCUGCUGAUAACUUCUUAUUAUUUACUAAAGAAAUUAAAGAAACUUCAUCUUAAUUAAAGAGCACUAUCAUGAUCAAUUAACGUUUCUUUGAUCCAAAUGAUAAGUAUGAAAUCUAAGGAGAAGAAAAGUUUGAAAAGGAUGCAUAGGAGUUUAUAAUUAAUUACAUUUAUGGGUGCUAGGUCAUUGUUACUAAUUGCACUGGUGGACAAUAAGAGAUUUAAGUUUUAACUGAAGUUCCUGAAGGCUCAGUUCCUGUUCACACUAUUGAGUAUACUAAAUCGUAUACUUAAAAACUAGAUUCUUAUAGCACUAAAAUAUUUGAAUUUUAUUUUUAUUUCCCUGCUAUUGGCAACUACUCUAUUUAUCCUGCUAAUGUCUCUAAGAAUGGAUAGGUGCUUUGUGUAGCUAAAGAUUCUUAAUUCUAAGUAAAUAAAGAGCUUGCUUAAAUAAAACUUAAUACCCUUGACUAGGUGUUAUCUUAAGGUACUAAGGAAGAUAUUUUGAAAUUCCUCAAAGAAAAAGAUUGGUAGGACACAAACAAAUAAUCAAAUUUCAAUUCUACAUUCAUGUCCAUCGUUUCAAUGUGUACAGACAAAGAGUUUUUCAUAAAGUUAUUGCAAAUUUUGAGAUAGAAAAACUUUUUCCAUUUCGACAUUUGGAAAUACAGUUUGCUUCAUUUAGAUCAUGCUUCUCUAAUUGAGUUUGUAAAUUCCAGUUCUGUAAGAUAAAAAGUUUAAAAGUAUGUGUCUCAUUUAAGUUGCACUCUUAUCAAGUCCUCUCUAAACAUUGGAGAGUGGAAUAGAAUAUAUGAAUAUUAUCCUCUUAUAAAUUCUCGUGUUCAUUUACUUAAAAGAGAUAGUGCUAACAUUCUUAAUUCCUAAUUCCGUCGCACAUAUUGCCACUUCUUAAGGUAUGUAGUUGAAAAAGGAUUAAAUAACAUGAGCUCUAUUGAUCGUUUAGUAUUUACUUACUAUUUACUUUUAUAAGACAGAAUAGAAAUAGCUAUUGAGCAAUUUGAUAAAAUAAAUGAGAGUGAUAUUACCACUAAGCAAGGAUCUAUUUAAUACGAUUAUAUCAAGGCUUACUUAGAUUUUUACAAAGGAUAUCCUAACUUUAAAGUUGCUAGAGAAAUAAUUGAAAAAUACUUAGACUAUCCUAUUAUUUCAUGGCGUAAUCUUUUUUAUGAUAUGGCUAAUUAGAUAGCCGAGUAUGAUGGAGAAGACAUGAUAGGAGAAGAACUUCUCAAUCUCAACAUAAGCGGAGAUUCAUAGCUUAAGAAAGAAGAUAAAGUUUAAAAUGAAAAGCAAUAAGUUUUAUCUCUUCGCUUCGAUGAUAAAAAGAUCAUUGUUGAACAUAAGAACAUACCUAAGGAGCUCACUUUGACUUACUAUAAAAUUGAUUUAGAAGUAUUCUUCUCAAAGAAACCUUUCCUCUCCAAUAUAUCUGAAGAUUUCAGCUACUUAUAACCUUCAUUUACAUAAAUAAUUGCAUUGAAUGAUGAAGAUAAAAAUCAAAGCACACCUACUGUUUCUAAAUUUGACGUUCCAGAAUAGAUUUAAGGCUCCAAUGUUUACAUUUAGGCAAUCAGUGGUCCUUUCUUAAAAGCAGGAGUAACUUAUUUCUCUACUCAGCUUAAGGUAUCUCUUUACUCAGAUGAUGCUUAUUUAAAGAUUACAGACUAGAGUAAUUCUCUCCUUUCUAAAAUCUAUGUCAAGGUAUUCUCUAAAAAUAAAUCUGGCAAAAUCGAUUUUAUUAAGGAUGGCUACACAGAUUUAAGAGGUAGAUUUGAAUAUUUACUUAGCAGUUCUGUAAACAUUAAUGACAUAGAUAAGCUGUCUCUGUUUAUCAUGAGUGAUGAUCAUGGUUCUCUUAUCCUUGAAGCUAAACCUCCUAAAAGAAUAGGAUAGUAUACUGAAACUGUUUAACUUAAAUCUAGAAACUGGGCACAGAAAUACGAAACCAAACUUAAAAACAAAAAAUGA